AUGGCGCUUCGCAAUCCGUUCUCAAUUUUUGGGUCAUUCAGGUCACUCCACUUAACGCAACAAUGCCUACGGACUGUGCACACUGAAUCUAAACGCUCGCGCUCAAAGCCUGCUCCUGUACCAACGCCGUUCGUUCCCAAUGUCGAAACAUUCCUCAAACUCAUCGGUCGCGACAUGUCAAAGCAUGCCAGCAAAUUCCCCUCCUGGGACAAAUUAUUCUCCAUGUCUUCCACCGAGCUUCGGGAUGCAGGGAUUGAGUCAGCAGAACAACGACGCUAUCUCAUCCGGAAACGCUCUAGGUUCACAAAGGGUUGGUACGGGCCUGGCGGAGAUCUCGAGCACGUUGUGGACGGCGCCGCACAGUUGCGGGUUAUGGAGGUUCCUUUUAAGGCACCGGCGACGAAUACCGAAGUCCGUGAUUCCACCAUCGUUGACUUGUUGAAUCACUCGGCUACUCUUACUCCGGGGAUGAGGCGGGUUAUCGUAAACCUACCGCCGGAUGCGAUUGAGUACAAACACGAUCCGUCAAAGCAGCUAAAGAGGUUUAAGGGCAUGAAGAUUCAUAACAGCGUGUAUAUCGCUGGCCCUUAUUUACAGCCAAUAGCGGGCACCAAUGGCAGCGCAGCUAUAAUCAGAGUUGAGGAAGGAAUGUGGGAAGACAAGCUGGGGCACAAGGUCGACGGGGGUGAGAGAAGACGGGCUGAAGUCAGAGCCAAGAGGAGAGCUGAGGAAAGGAGGAAAGAACGGGCAUGA